AUGAGGUCCUCCUUGCUGAUCUCAGUCACCUCGCUCGCGCAUACAUCGUUGGCUGUUUACUGCGAAGCAUCGGCGUACCUUGGCACAGGUCAAGUUGGCAGAUGCACUGGUCAACAUUUAAGUAGGGCGAACCAGACACGACCUGGAACGAGCCGCUGUUUUCCAGCAAUGAAUGGGGCUUGUGGAAUCGUUGCAGACCAGGAGGGGGGCUGCAAUUGCACGAUCAACUUCUUCUCUGGCGGCGACUGCAAUAGGACUUCAGUUGGGCAGUUGUCUUGUCACAACAUCGGUGCCGUGAAACAGAUCAACUUUGAUCACUUUAACAUUCGUUGCUAG